CGGUGCAUAUUACUGAUACUGUGAUACACUCACUGAAUCCACUAGCACGUUUCUCAGAGCUAUCUGCUUUUCUUCCCAAUUACUCAUUCCUUCUCAAACCUUCAUAAACAUUUUCUUUUCUCUUCUGAACCUGUUUUCUAUUCUAUUCUGUACUCUUGUGUUGUGCUCCUUUCUUCUUUCCCAAUAACUCUAACAGUGUCACACACACCACUCAAAGUCACAAGAGAAAAACAAAGGUAAACAAACAUCAAUGGCUACCAAUAACUUUGCUACCAUGUUGCAUAGAAACACCAAUAAAAUGGUUGUGAUUCUAGUCUAUGCAGUGCUUGAAUGGCUCUUGAUUGCACUCCUUCUCCUUAACUCUUUGUUCAGUUACCUCAUCACAAAAUUUGCCAAAUGUGUUGGCCUCCAACCACCGUGUCUUUGGUGUUCAAGGGUUGAUCACGUGCUGCAGAAAGAACACGGCACGCAUUUGCACAAGGAUCUCGUGUGUGAGGCUCAUGCAGCUGAGAUUUCCAAGCUUGGUUACUGCUCAAAUCAUCAGAGACUCGCAGAAACACACAGCAUGUGUGAGGAUUGUUUGGCCUCUCGGCCAAACCAGCACGAAAACUCGUUUGGAAUGAGGCACAGAAUCGCUUUCAUCUCGUGGGUGAGUAGUCAUGGCAAACAUGAAAAUGAAGAUGACAUAAUGAGAAGGUGCUCUUGUUGCAAUGAGAGCUUGAGCAGCCAGCUUUACCCUCCUUAUUUGCUGUUGAAGCCUUCUUGGGGUAAUGAGGACUACACAGGCAAAGGGUCCUUGAUUGUGGAAGAGGCAAUAGAUGAUGAAAAAGAAGGUGAUAAGGACCUUGAGUUUGAGUUUGAGUUUGAGAGAAACAAUGGAGAAGAAGAUCAUGAUGAUGAAGGGGUAGCAGAUGAGCAUCAGAUACUUUCUGAUAUUGAGAGUUUUAUCCUCAGAGAGGUGGCGGAGGAUCGUUCGAGUUCUGUUUCAAACUUGCAUUCGGAUGAAAAGGAUGCAGAAAAAGAUGAGAAGGAAGAUGAUCUUAUCAUCACUGAGCUGGAUCCAAGUGGUGAUCACAAUUUUGUUAGUCAAUUCACUUCCACUAUGCAGGGUUCACUGUAUGGAGAUAGAUCACUUGAAGUUAUCAAUAUGCAUUUUGAGAAUUAUAUGGAUUGUGAUAACCAUCGCUUGGUGCCCGUCAAGUUAAUAGACUCUAUUACCUCUUUGAAUUUUGAAUCAUACAAAUUGAAGGAGGAUCUGAGGGAGAUGGAGCAAAAGACUCAGACUCAGACCUUUGUUAAUGAGUCACCAAUUGAAGCACAAUCAAGUAUCUUAGAAAGGGAAGGAUUACUCACAGUGGAUGAGAAAGCAGAGAAAACAAGUGUGAGAGAACUUGAGAGCUUGGAAAAUUGUAUAACUUUGGAACUUGAAGGGUUGAAACAGAAUUCAGUAGAUGAGGUACAUCCACACAGGAUUACUGCUGGAGAAGCUCAGACUUCGCUGAAUAGUGACAAAAGUAUUGAAGCAGAUACUGAAGAGCCAGAUGAUACACAAGUUGAUCCGCCUCAAUCACAAGAACCAGGCUGCUCUAGUGAAUGCACAGAAGAUGAAUCUUCAUCAAGUGAUGAUGAUGAAGUCCAAAAUGCCUUUGAUAAAUUCAUUGCUCAGAAUAAUCUAAGUAAGCCUCAAAGUUUAUCUAAUGAUGACAACAGUAUGGAAGCAGCUAUGCAAGAACCAGAAAAUCCACAAGCUAAUCUGCCUCCAUCUGAAGAACCAGCCUGCUCUUGUCAAUGCAUAUCAGAAGAUGAAUCUUCUUCAUCAAGUGAUGAUGAUGCUGAAGUUCAAAAUGCCUUUGAUGAAUUUAUUUCUCAGAAUCAUCUAAGUCAGUCUCAAAGUUUAUCCAAUGAUGAUAUAAGUAUAGAAUCAGAUAUGGAAGAACCAGAAAAUAAACGAGAUAAUCAUCCUCCAUCUGAAGAACCCGCUUGCUUAUCUAACAUACCAGAAGAUCAAUCUUCCACAAGUGAAGAUGAUACUGAAGCUUCAAAUGCCUUUGAUGAAUUCAUUGCCCAGAAUAAUCUCUGUCCAGAUAAAACGGGUGCAAAUGACACCGAGUAUGCUAAGAUGAUUGAGAAAACAAUAGCAGUUGAGAAAAUUGAUGAAGAAACAAGCCAUGAAUCAUCCAAGUGCUCAGAGUCAUAUGAAGUAGAAGAAGAGAAACUUCCUGAGACUCCUAGAUCUGUAGAUGGCCUGCAUUACCUGCAUAAAAGAGAAUCAGUAGCAGAUGACUCUGUGGAUGGGAGUGUUGCAAGUGAGGUAGAAUGUGGCGACCCGGUAUUAACAAUCAACCUGCUAAAAACGGCUUUAAAAACUGAAAGAAGGGCUCUAAGUGCUGUAUAUCAAGAACUAGAAGAAGAGAGAAGUGCAUCAGCAGUAGCUGCCAACCAGACAAUGGCAAUGAUUACAAGACUACAGGAAGAAAAGGCAGCAAUGCAGAUGGAAGCGUUGCAAUACCAGAGGAUGAUGGAAGAACAAUCAGAGUAUGAUCAGGAAGCUUUGCAGCUUUUGAAUGAGUUGAUGAUGAAAAGGGAGAAAGAGAAGCAAGAACUUGAGGAGGAGUUGGAAGAGUAUAGGCAGAAGGUAAUGGAAUAUGAAGCAAAAGAGAAACUAAGGGUGCUGAGAAGAAUGAAAGAUGGAAGUGUGAGAAGUAGAGACUCCUCCUCUUCUUGCAGCAAUAUGAACUACACUGAUGAGCUAUCCAUUGAUCUUAACCGCGAGGCACAGGACGAAGAUAAUGUCUUAUUCAACCAUGAGGAGAGCAGCCACAUUAAUGCAACUGAUGACACAGUUUCUAAUAUGGAGGAGAUGGCACUAGACUGUGUAAAGCAUGUGAGUGCUCUUGAUGAUACAUUGGCAGAAUUUGAGGAAGAGAGGGCUUCCAUUCUAGAACAGCUCAAAGCAUUAGAGGAAAAGAUUACUUCAUUGGGAGAUAAUGAGGAAUUCCUUGAUGACAUCAAAUUGAUUGAGCAUUCAUCGAUGUAUGGUGACAAAGACUUGAAUGAGAACUGCAAUUUUAGCAGUCUAGAGGAAAAUGGAUAUUCUAAUGGGUUUUCAGAUGAUAAACACUCUCUAAUGGGUUCCUUGGCAAAGAAGCUACUGCCGUAUUUAGAUGCAGCUGAGAAUGAGACUGAGGAAACAUACACAUUUCAGGGACAAUUGGAAUCUGAAUCAUCUGAUAUGCAAAACUCAGUUCCUAUACUCGAAAUGGAUAGCAUGAAGACAUGCAUUGAAGAGGAGGUUGAUCGCGUUUACGAGAGGUUACAAGCUCUUGAAACAGAUAAGGAGUUUCUACAACACUGCAUGGGUUCCAUACAGAAUGGUGGAGAGAAAGGAGUGGAUCUGCUUCAAGAAAUCUUGCAACAUCUUCGUGAUCUUAAGGCUGUGGAACUUCGCCUGAAGACCUUGGGAAAUGAUCCACUAUAGUCAAGUUAACAUUCACCAACCAAAGACAUGUAGGCAUAAGGUAUUAGAUGUUGCUUCAUGAUGAAUGUGCACGUUUAGGAUUUGUGGGAAGUCAUUUCUCACCCUGCAUCAUGUAGACCUAAGGUAACCAAAUUUUGUUGCAAAAAAUCAGAAAAUUUUCUCCAACGGAGGGAGGGAUUUCUGGUAUCAUUUGAUGGCUUGUUAAUUUGGUAAAAAAGAGUUGAAGUCUGUCCAUAUCUAAGUUGUCAGCUUGAUGGGCUAUCUACAAAAAUUGUGUGAGCCCCAAAAUUUUGCUGGACUAUAGGAGAACAUCAUUUGGUCUCCUUAAGUUGGUCUUAUUUCUCAAUACAUCCUUUUAUUUUAUAUUUCAUUUCCUUAUCCUAUGUUAGGUUUGUUAGGUGGGAGAAGGAAAGUAUUGAAGUUGUAGGUGUAGGUGAAGAAUGGGGUGCUAAAAGUAUGGGCUUGUAAACCUCACGGGAAAAUCAUGUGUCCAUCAUGAUGUAUAAUCUGUAUCUAUUUGUUGAUCAUUGUUGCUUAUGAUUUUUUUUUUUUCUUCUGGUGUA